UGGUCUCUGAGACCCGUUUGGUCUAUAUAUAAAGGGGGUUUGUGCCACCCUGAUCUGAGACAUUAACAUCGCCAGAGUCAGCAACCACUACAACUCACAUUCUGAUUCCCCUACCAUCGAGACCACGACACGAUGUACUACGACCAAUCCAGCCCCCCACCACCCCCGCCAAGGUUUCCCUUCUCCAAAGGCAAUGGCGGUGCCGAGUCCUGGGUGCAAUGGCUGUUCGAUUCGAACAAGAUUCGCACCUACCUGACCGGGGAUCAAGCCUUGUCCAUCAUGGGCGCGCCCAUCGAAUGCUUUUGCACAGCAUGGGCUGUCGAGGAUGCCUAUAUCGACCUGGCAGCCGAGAUUCUUGCUGCGACGGGCAGAUUCUACCCCUGCAAGGACCCUGAGCGGCGCUAUUGCUAUGCAGACAACGUGGAGGCGCAGGACGAGCGGUAUAUCCCUCUUCCAGCGUAUCAUUUCCAUACAGACGAGCGUUAUCCAACGGUAUGUGGCGACUUUGAGAGUCAGACGGGGCGGAUGUUCCUUUACCGCAUGUCCGACGUGCACUCUCCUGCAAUUCCACUCCCACCUGCUGGGCCUCUGGUCCCAUUGGAGCAGGCAACCCACUAUGGCUACGACAGUGGCAGCUACAUUUCCACCUCCAGUGAUUACCUCCGGUUCUCGGCCCUUCAUAGCUCUAAGAACCGUGGGUAUCGGGACACCCCCUAUGCCCACUUGAACUGCCGUGGGCGCCAAGACCCGGGUAGGUACCCGGUCAAAAUGCUGCGAUAUGAUAAAUGCCUCGAGAACCUCGUGUUCUUGAUGCUGCGUGACCUUGGGUACCGGGCGGGUCGUUGGUGGAGGUACCAGUUCGAGGUGCUGAUGAAGUAUGCCUUCGAAUUCUCCGUUGGGCCCUCGCCCAUGCACCUGGAAUGGGAUCCCUCUAAUUUCAUAUCGGAGAUCUCGCCUUCUAUUCAAGACUGGGUGACACUGCACGAGCGUACUGGUCGCCAGUCGACGAAGAAAAAGCGCGAACUGAAGGAAGCUUUUGGCCGCCUCUAUCUGGAGUACAAGCGCAUGGGCUUUUUGGGUGCACCGCUAAAAGCACCAAAUGAGGGUGACCAAGCUUGCAUUAUUUCUCGGAAGCUCACGCAACUGGGUAUUUCUCUGGAUGAUGAUGGGCCUGUUGGCUGGGUCGACGCAGACAUCGUCGGGCCGGUGGUGAUUGAGCUGUUCGAAUGGCUCCGAGGGGACUCCAACUGCGCACCUAUCAAAGUCACCAUCCUCGGCGGUAUUCUCUCCUGUUACCGUGAGAAGGAUGGUAUCCGGUACAUUGAUGUUGGUAUUGAAUCUCCGGCAGCCCGGAAGCCGAUCUUCAAACGUCUCGAACAGCAAGGCUCUCCUCUCGUCAAAGGAGAACGCGACAACUGGAUCUAUCAGAGAGACGGGAGAACGUUCAGCUUCAGCUUCCAUUCCAUGCUCCGUAUGAUCUCCCAGGACAAUGAGAAGAACGAUUCCCUUCUGGACUUCGAGGACACUUCUCGGCGGACGCCCAGCGGAAGUUCCAACCAGGCCCAUGCCGCCUAUGAUCUGAGACUGAGACCACUCGAGACCUACCACCAAGCAUUGGGAGGAUUCCCCGUCUCCCCAGUCGGCUCCAUCUUGUUGCCGGCCUACGCUGAAGCUUUGGAGUUGGCAGGAAGAAAUUUGCCACCAAUUUAUCUUCGGAAGCUCAUGGACGAGGUUUCCACCAGGUACCCAGCACGACCACGUACCCAGACCAUCUGCGAAGCUUCCGGAGAAGGAGUAUACAUCUCGCGGAAUGUCAUGGCUAUGGGUCUGUGCCUGAGUGCAUUCUUCGUACUCGGUAUGGCUCUCUUGCUGUUUCUGGGUCCGCUGCGCUUCGUCACGCAGUGCCUGAGCAUCUGCGCGUACAUCUAUUGCAUGUGGAGGUUGGGGAUGCAGGGCAGGUGAUUGAGUCCCAUGAUAGCCCACCCCGUCACAGACAAUCUCCCCUUCCUCUCUCCUCCAGUACUGACCAUUUGGAUUGCUUUUCUUUCUGGCCAGACUGUCGACGA